AUGAAGUACACCCUUUCUCUUGUUAGUCUCCUUGGCCUCUUUGCCACCCUCACCACAGCCCAGGAUAGCCCCGACAAAGGUGUAACGGCAACCCCAAGCAAUACCGGCUUCCAAGCCAGCGUCAGCGGCGGUGUCAGCUUCGACAUCAACCGCAAGAACAAGACCUUUGGCUUCAAUGAGGUCUUUGGAGACGACGAUUCGGAUUCUGAUGACGAGGAUGACCAGCCAAAGUCGGGGGCAAGCGAGAUGAUUGUGAGGAGUAGCGGACUCCUCGUUGCCGGUGUGAUAGUUGGGGCCGGUGCCAUUAUUCUCUAA